AUGAAAACCUUCAUAAUAAUUUCAAUUUUAUUAACAGCUGCUUUAGCUGACGAUCAGCCUUCAUUUCCAGCUUUCACAACCCACCAACGUGAAAUUGUCAAUCCGGACAGCGUCGAUGACUUUGUUUUCAAUGGAAAUGUCACCAAACCACCUUCAUCCCGACCAGUAAUUAAGAUCUCAAAUGGCAGACAAGCUAGAGAUGGACAAUUCCCAUUUGUUGCUGAAAUAUCGAUCAAUCUUCAGUCUGGUGGACUAUUGUGUACUGGUAGCUUAAUUGCUAAAAACUGGAUACUAAGUGCUAGGCACUGCAUUGCUGACACUAAUGCAAAGUCAGUUCUCGCUUCACUCGGCUCAGCUGAUCGUCAAAAUCCAACAGUUAGGAUUUAUUCAAACAUGUUUAUUUGGUUGAAUGCUGGAGAUGGACAUCAUCCAGACAUUGCACUCUUCCGAUUGGCUCAAAAUGCUCCGAACAACAAUCGAGUCAAGCCUAUUGCUUUGCCUAGUCGCGGACGUCAAAAUUCAUUAUUUGAGGGUAAUGUUGGAACUGCUAUUGGAUUUGGGGGCACUGGAGGUGGUCAGCUACCGAGAUACUUACAAUACACACAAUUUAGAGUCUUAAAUCGUAAUCAGUGCUACUUGGGUGAGAAUAUCCUAUGCAGUCAACCUCAAAGUGGAACCUCGUCUCUUCAAGGUGGUGAUUCAGGUGGACCAUUUGUUGAUACAGUCGAUGGAACUCUGACUCUUAUCGGUGUUAAUGUCUUUGUUGCUACAUCUGGAUCUAAUGUCUGGCAAGGAUCGACAAGAGUUGCUGGCUUCUUGAGCUUCAUUCAUGACUCAACUGGAAUUCCUUAUAGAUAA